AUGUCUCGUCUCCUUGAAAAUCCUUUCAGCAAUGUGCGCGUAACGAAUGAUUGCAGAGGUCGGCAGUAUAAUGUUCUACCAUCGGCGGAUGAUAUCGAGUCGGUAGCCUUCAGGAAUGCGGCAUGUGGCGACGCGGAGCAGGAGGAGGAGGAGAAGGAGGAGGAAGCAGCAGCUGGAUUUGGGGGAGGAAUAGAGAGUGGCUUGGUACGAGAGGAUGAGACGGAGCAGUCAGGUCACAGUAAGUGCAUUAACUACUUGCACUGCCCAUUCUGACCGUUGCACAGCCGUUACCUACUACUUAAAGGCGCCUUCUUUACUUUGCAAUAGACAACAUCACGCAGCACCCUAAACCGCAUUUAAGAAAGCUCAAGUUUGUUCCAGAACUCGAGGGAAUCGAGGAGGUUUCGGAGGAGGAUGAGCAGGAGGAGCAGGAUUGUGAGGAGGAGGGGAAGGAGGAGGAGGAGGAGGAUGAGGACGCCAGCACUAAUGACAAUAACGGCGUAAAACCGGAAGUGAAGGAGGGGGGCCAGCAGCAGCAGCAGUACCAGCAGCAGAAUAUGCACGCUGACGGAGACGCGGACUGUCUUCCUGUCGUCUCAGAAGUGACUAUUGCAAACUGCCAGGCCUGUGCAGUAGUGGCAAACAGAGAAGGGAUUCAAAUGAGAAUGCCCGUGUCAUCUGCCGGCAGGCGACGUCCUCCACGAUGGAGGUCCGUUGACAUGUCGUCGCGUAUGUCUACAACCACUUUAUUGCCAUUUUAUUUCUUUAGUCCUUCAUCUCCCCUAUGGCAUACCUAGCUCUCUUUUCCUUCACUCUUCUCAUGUUAGAUGCCUAUACGUUGCUCGACCGCCGAGAACGAAAGCCCAUCCGCCGACGAUUGGGUUACCUAUGGCGGAAAUUCGUUUGCUGCGGCAAUUUGCCAGCCAGCGCAUAG